AUGUCUCUGGUGGAUUGGUUCUCUGGGUUUCUGGCGUCUCUCGGUUUGCGGCAGAAGGAAGCCAAGAUCUUGUUCUUGGGGCUGGAUAAUGCAGGGAAGACCACUCUGCUUCGCAUGUUGAAGGAUGAGAGAUUGGUUCAGCACCAACCCACCCAGUUCCCGACCUCAGAGGAAGUGAGCAUAGGGAAGAUGAAGUUCAAAGCUUUCGACUUGGGUGGUCGCCAGAUCGCUCGUAGGGUCUGGCGGGACUGCCACGCUAAGGUUGAUGCAGCAGUAUACCUGGUGGACGCCCACGACAAGGAGAGGUUUGCGGAAUCAAAGAGGGAGCUCGAUGCCCUCCUUUCAGAGGAAGCUCUUGCCAAGGCGCCUUUCCUCGUGCUCGGGAACAAGAUAGAUAUCCCGUAUGCGGCUUCUGAGGACGAGCUGCGGUAUCAUCUCGGGCUCACCAACCUCACGACCGGCCAAUGGAAAGUGAAUCUCGCAGAUCAGACUGUUAGACCCCUCGAAGUGUUCAUGUGCAGCAUCGUGCGCAAGAUGGGCUACGGCGAAGGGUUCAAGUGGAUGUCGCAGUACAUCAAGUAGAGAGCCGAUCUGUG